AUGUCAGCGGACCUUUUUGCGGCCUUCGGGGAUGUAUCGCAGACACAAACAUCUGCCCCCCAACAGCAAAAUGAGCAAGAUCAGGGCACUUCGGGAACACUCUUAGCCACUACCGCUCCGGCCGCGAGUGAUUCUUUCUCUUUCCUGUCUCCCAGCACCUCGUUGCCGCAGCCCACACAAUGGCCUCCGUUGCAGCAGUUGACAGGCGGCCAAGCCCACGCAUGGCUUACUUCGCCCAUUGGUGAGCCACUGAGGAACGAUGCGUCAGAGCAGAUCAAGGAAGAUGAUGAGGAUGGCUGGGGCGAUUUUGAGGUCGCCCCGGCCAAUCCUUCUCCACAGCCUGUUGCAUCAAGCACUGCAACUUCUCAACCUCGGGCUCGUCUCACGAGAGCCUCAACCAUCGAUAUGAUGACCAACAAGCUUGUGGACCUGGGUCUCGAGAGCUCUACCCCAGAGCCGUGGCAACAUCGACCAUCCUGGGAAAGGGACGCCACAAUGGCGCAAACCCAAAAGCCGGCUCGCAAUCCUGAUCCCAACGUGCUUUUUGAUGCCGACUUUGAGGCUGAAAGCGGUGCCCACGACGAUGAGGACUUUGGCGACUUUGAGACAGGAACAACCGCCGUCACCAUCCCUCAGGCUGCCCCUACAGCAUCUGCCCUUGACCUCUUGUUCCUCGACUCAGCGCCAGCGGGCCCCAAGAAGCCGCCUCCUGGCCUGACACUCUCCAAUGCAGCCCUUCAGGCCGGCCCGUCAUAUUAUCCAGAGGCUCCAAAGUCACCUUACGGAUCUUUCCAGGAGCGGAAACCCGAGCCCGUAAAACGACUUCAAGUCAAGCCUCCCACGGCGGUCAGGAACCUCAAAGAGGCCAACGAGGCAUCCCCGUCGCCGGUAACUGCCUGGCCGUCCGUCGAAUCUGAGGGCUUCGGCAAUGCAUGGGAAGAGUUCAGGGACCUCCCGGAUACCAACGCCGCCGCAACGGAGCUUCAACCCAACGGGAUGGGCAAACCCGGAGCAACCUCAGACUGGGAGUGGCAAGAUUGGGGAGCCACCGAAACCCGGCCCGCUUCUACUAGCAUUACGACCCAACCAUCGCCGACAACUACACCGAACUCAAAACCUGGCCCUCCACCAACCAACAUUCCUCCGCCCGCCAUACUCCUGUCCCUGUUUCCCUCCCUCCUCGACCUGGCUUCCUCAUCCUUACUCAAACCCCUCCUAACCCUCCCGCCAUCCUCCCCGUCAUACCAACGCGUUCUUACUUCGCAGUCCACCCUGAACUUUCUCCAAGGCUAUCUCGCGCUCGCCACCGUCGCCGCCCGCCUGAUAACAGGCCGCAAGCACCGCUGGCACCGCGACAAAUUCCUUGCCCAGGGCAUGUCCAUCUCGGCCGCCCCUUCCUCAGCUGCCGGCGGACAGAGGGGUAUGAAAUUGGCGAGCGUCGACAAGUCGCAGGCAGCGCAUGAGGACCGCGAGGCGGCCGAGGUGGCGGCGUCAUGGAAAAGACAGGUGGGCCGGUUGAGGAGCGUCGUGGCGGCUGUUAAUCAGGCUCAGGCGCACCAGGGGCCCGCGGUCAAGUUGAGGGUGCCCGAGGUUGCGGUGGGCUUGAGCGUGACUACGGCAAAAGGGGUGCCCACUGCCCCGCGGGCGUGUGUGGUGUGCGGGCUCAAACGGGAUGAGAGAGUGGCCAAGGUGGAUGGGGAGGUCGAUGAUUUUUUUGGGGAGUGGUGGGUUGAGUUCUGGGGGCAUCGGGAUUGUAGAAAUUUCUGGUUGGGCCAUGAGCGGGAGUUGAGGCGGCGGUAA